UAACAACGAAGAGAACCAUGAGAAUUGUACGCAUUUUUGUAGUAUUUGCAGCCCUUGUGGCUUUGAGUGCAGCUGAACAUGGCUCUGGGUCGAAGAAUCGAAGGGACAAUGCCCUUGAAAAGAUUAUGCCACGACUUCUGUGGAAUCUACGACGUGGCGACAACAACCAGGAGAGCCACAGGCAGCAGCAACCCAUCAUCAUUGUGCAGCAACCUUCAUCGAAUUCGGAGUCGGACAGACACCAUCAUCAUCCCCAUUAUCCAUUUUAUCCAUACUAUCCACCACCACCACAGACUCGUCCACCGCAGCCACAGUUCCCCGGAAUGGAGUAUCUGGGCAGUGGAAGUGGGGGACCCACCUUCUUGAUUGUCAACCCGAACAACAUGCAGGGCAUCUAUCUGCCCAGCUCCGCCAACAGCUCCAACAGCACGAGUGCCCGGAGGAGCGCCUUUGUCCCCUCGAUUGGUGAUCUUUUGCAGGGUCUGAGCUUCAACGAUCUGGUUGAUGGAAGUCUCUUCGAAGACGACUCUGAGGUGGUCGAUGCUGCCGAGGAGGGGAAUGUGGAGGACGCUGCUUUUGAGAAUGAGCGUCCAGCUGGGUCAGCGGAUCAGCUGGAUGGCGAUGUACUCAGCGUGGACGAAAUCGAUGUCUUGGAUCGUCAGAACAAUCGUGGCCUGAACCCCAAGCUUCUGUUCUCCAUGCUCAUGCAGGAUAAACGUCGCAGGCGCAUCCAGGAAGUCCUUGCCGGCAUUUACUUGAGGAACACUCAUCUGAAUAGAAAGUGAGUCGUCGAGU